AUGGCUACCAAUUACAGAGACACCUUGGCCUAUAAGCUCCUCUUCGACACUGGGAUGCUUCCCGAUGACCUAUUUCCGAAUUUCGAUCGCAUUGGCGGAAAUGGGGAAUACUCAUCACCAAGAAACACCGGUUCAAAACAGUGUGUCAGCGAUUUUGUGAGCUGUUUUGAAGCGCCUAGUGAGAUCUAUCGUCUCUACGGCAAAUCAGCCUUUGGCACCAGAGAAGCCAUUAUGGCCCUCGAUUCCGAACUGUCAUUGGGAAGCAAAGAUCCAAUGCAUGAGGUCAUUUCAGAAGAAGACACUUCAGUCGUCACGAACACGCAUUACCUCCGCCUCGCUCACAAGCUCUUCGAUUUCUACAACCUCCCCGGCAACCUUACUCAGGGUCGAGCCACAUGGGAGGCAACUCUCAUGCCUGUCGGACGUACCUACUUUGACCCAGAAAAGCAGGCCCAUGUACAGGUCACCAUCCGACCAGACAUCGUGUAUGGCGUCAAGCUUCCCGGAACAGAUCUCGACUUUGGUCAGGCAAACUAUUGCUUCUCGUUCCGCACCCAAUUCGCUGCGAUGGGGGACCUCGACUUCCUUAUCUUCUUCCAGUUUUACCGCAUGGUAAUCCUCCCAGACGACACGCCCCUCGACGUAUGGCGUCGUGGACACGGGGGCGUGUUCCAUUUCACGGUCCUUGAUCAGCAUCAGAAUGCCCUCAAGCCCGCAUGUUACCACGGCUUCCUUCUCAGCACAUGGGAGCCAGAUGGCAACCUUCUGCUUGAUAUCAGCGUUUACUCGCCCAGUGACUCAGGACAUUGGUUCAAAUAUCUGACCUUUGGGCCGGAUAUUUCUUCUAGCGAAUGCGACCUGGACCGAUACAUACAGAAGCCGAUUCUGUCCGAAUUUGACGACAGCCAGCACGGUUGGAUUGCUGGCAGUCAAGAAUCACCACCGACCGAUUUAGCUAUCCACAGAGUUUUCGAUGAAGUCAUGGGCGAGGGGCCAUUCGAUAACGACGAACAGGAAAACCAAUGGUGGCUCCAACUACCAUUGGUUCCCGCAGUAACCGGUGUGCUUCUACGUCAACAGACCCGCCGGCGAUGGAAGCCGAAAGCACUGUCACUGAUGUUUACUCGUCUUCCUGGACUCCAGGAAAUCCACUACGAGCCAUGGAGGGAGUGGGACAAUACUCUGCAGCGGUGGACGGAUGAAUUACCCACGACGUUUUACGAUUGCGAGCCUAUUCGAAUCCCGACCCCGGAUGUCAGCCGGACGCUCGCUAGUUCCAGUCUUGGGCUUGAGCACCUUUCGGCAUCGUUUGUAGUGGACGCUGGCUAUUUCUUCCAUGCUUUCAAACCUUCCUGGAAGUGGCCCAACCUGAUUUCGCUUGCGCUGACCUCGCAGCUGCUUGCGCCCGGUGAGAGCACGAUCGUGAUUGAUGAUAUGCUGCAAAGAGCGGCAAAAGUGGCCAUGAAAAUGCCAAAUCUUCAAACAAUGGAGAUAUGGAACGGACGAAAGGGAUUGGCAGCACUCUUCAAAUACCAGUCAAUUGGUUAUGGUGGCUAUGGACAGCCUGCCGAGAUAACCUGGAGAGGAACAUGGGAUUAUGCAUUGCACCCUUAUGUGAUCCGGGCUUGGGAAGCAGUCGCACUGAAGCAUCGUGCAAAUGGAUGUGUUACUGUCAAGGAGCUCCUGGAUGUUGGUGUUGUUAAGUCCCAUGGUGAUGCGAUUUAUUAUUUGAAUCCCUCGAACACUGUAAUUCGCCCCCUUUCAUUUCAGCAGAUUCGGUUAGAGCAGAGGAUUAUUGAGGGUGCGUAUGACUGGUAG